CUCUCUCUCUUUUAUUUUUGAAUCCCUCCAUCACUUUGCCUACGACUAUCAGUGAUCAACUAUUACCCUUUACUCUCCUCCUCCCUCGUUAUCUAACUGACUUGACUUCACUAACCCCCCCCCCUCCUCCUUUUGUCUCUUCUCUCUAUUCAUGUUAUAGAGAAUGCCAUGUCCCGCCCCCAGGUCAGCAUCGACCGUCUCACACCCCGACGUGUUAAUGUCGAGCCCCGCGAAUCGAUGAACUGUAAAUCCUGUCGGAAACGCAAGAUCAAAUGCAACCGUCUGCGCCCGAGCUGUGAAGCCUGCAAGGUCUUCCAGUGCCCAUGCAUCUACGAUGCUGUCCCCAAGAAACGCGGACCCAAGACGGAUGUCUUGGAGGCUCUGUUGAAGCGUGUCGAUGGGCUUGAGAAACGUCUGCAGGAGGAUUCUCCAAUUUCGCCCGUCUCGUCCGUCUCGCCCAUCAAGUCGGUCGAGCAACAGCAGCAGCAGCAACAACAACAGCAACAGCAACAGCAACAGCAACGACCGCAACCCCCGCCAUUGUUACCCCCAGCCUCCGUGGCCUUUGCGCAGCCCCCACCGCCGCAGAGUUAUGGACUCCCACCUCGGUUACCCGACGCCAUGCUCGACACUUAUUUUUCUCGUCUGCAUGGUAAGCCUUACUGGAUUCUAGACGAAGCCCAAACCCGACAGCGCCAUCAAUUGGGUCAAUUGCCCGUUCAUUUGUCUAUGGCUAUCUACGCCUUGACGUCACGCUAUACCAAUCCCAACCCGGUCCUCGGCAGUCAGGAAUAUGCGCGACAAGCUCGCCGGCUGGUGGACAUCGAUUACCCCUCGAUUGACGGCACACAGACACUCUUGUUGCUCUCUCAAACCUUUUUCGCCCAUGGCUGUGGGAAAACGGCCUAUAUGGUUCUCUCAAAUGCGGUCGCUAUGGCCUUGGCCCUGGACUUGUAUCGCGAGGUCUCCAUCCCCACCCUGCCCGCCUCCGAACGUGAGAUGCGCCGCCGCCUGUUCUGGACAGUCUACACCAUGGACCGCUUCUUGACUUGCGGCUCCAAGCGGCCGUGCCUUAUUGCAGAUCACUCGAUUGCACUGCGGCUACCGGGCGCUGGCUCGGAGACUGGAGAAAGCUUCAAUCCUGUCGGCCCUAACAUUCACUAUUCUCCCGACCGGCGCAAGGGCCCUGGGGGCCCAACUUUACUGGUCGACAUUACCCGUAUACUAGGCGUCACUCAUCGGUAUUUGGCGGCGGGAGGUGUCAAAGGCGACUCCCAUUUUCCGUGGCAUGCAUUGUCCAAUUUGUCCAAGAUCCGACAGGAGCUGGACCUAUGGGCCGCCGGCACGCAGGAUCUCUUUACCUCAAUCGAAACGCUUUUCGGCCAUCCAGAGAGUACACUAUUACUACUGAGCAAGCUGAUCUACCAUCUAGUGCACUGCCUGCUUUACCGUCCCUUCCUUCCCAUUGACUUGGUAGAACUGCGCGGCACCGGCCAGCAUCAAUCCUGGCAAAUUGAGGCGACCACGCUCUGUUUCUCGCACGCCAAUGCAAUUGCCGAGCUAGUUGAAUUGGCCCGACACGCUCCACGCAUUGAAUGGCCGUCACUCGUGGCGUACUGUGUCUGUACCGCCGGCACGGUGCAUGUACACGGCGUGCACUACCACGGACGUGAAGGCGAGGUGUUCGCAUCCAGCGCCGACUUCCUGAAUCGUGAAAUGCAUCAGUUGGCCUGGCUGCGGCAGUAUUGGGCCGGGGUGCAGCAUCAACGGGAAAUGCUACAGCGCAUUGCAACCUGUCAUGCUGACUUGGUACGCACAAUGGCAGCCCGCCCGGUCCGGUUUGCGCCUGUCUUUCACCUCGAAGACUUUUUCGACCGGUACCCAGGCUUGGCUGUUGAGAGCGGACACGUGCGGUUGGUGGAUGGAGAUGAGCCCCUCCCGUUCCUUGACCGACAAGACUUCCCUGGCGGACUCAUCUAUCCUGCUACGGCGACGCUCCCCUCCCAAGGACGGCCAUCGAUAAGCUUCCAGUCGUCGCAGGCGUCUCCACCGUGGGGCCCCGGGCCUGACUUGACUCUUCCGGAAACCAGUCUGGGAUUUUCUCCUGGAGUUAGCAACUCUCCGGCAGCGUUCUUGUCCGAAUCUUCCUUUACUGCUCCGACACCACCGGCCCAGCCACAAUACGCAACGUUCCCAUUCGAGGCCGCGCCUGGCACGGCAUUAACACCAGACGCACCCUCUCAAGGCAGCUCUGGUACUGUCACUGGAGGCGGGGCCGGAACCAGCGACGGCGAGAAAGAUCCAUUCCUCAGCCUGUUGGAGCAAUUAGCAGAGAAUGAAAAUUCUCAGGGCGGGCCCAGUGAACUGGACUUCUUCCUAGGCGAGGGAUUGGACUCGGUCCCUGUGCCCGAUGAUCAUUUGGUGGGCCCAAACAGCUUGCCCGAACCUGAGUGAAAGCCGAUGAUGGUUCUGCAAUUUCGCUCACCUCCUUAUCUGAUAACGGAUCUGGAUAUCUUGCUGGACCUUACCAAAUUACCGCAAACAGUUACCCGGGUCAUGAUAUCAUACCACGUGACUCUCAAAGGGGG